AUGAGGAAGGAGAUCAUAAUCCGGAUUCACGUGAAAUCCGACAAGUGCCAGGCCAAGGCCAUGAAGGUGGCAGCAGCGGGCAGCGGAGUGGAGUCCGUGACGCUGGCCGGCGGCGACAAGAGCCUGCUGCUGGUGAUCGGCGACGGCGUGGACUCGAACAAGCUACUGAAGAAGCUCAAGAAGAAGGUGGGCGAGGUGGAGAUCGUGGAGCUGCGGACGCACGACACGUUCGAGGCGGCGGCGCUCCCGCUCCCGGGGACCAAGAAGGAGCUGGCGGCGAUGAUGGCGAUGGCGGCGGCGCGGUCGCCCUACAACAACAACCACCACCAGCACCAGCAGUGGCAGCACAGCUACGCCGCGGCGCCCACAAGUCCGUACUCCUACCACUACUACCCGUCGCCGGUGGGCGGUGGCUACGGCUACGGCUAUGGCUAUGGCUACGGGGCCGGCGGCGCCGCGGUCAGCAGCUACUCGCGGGCGGUGGCGCGCAGCCAUCCGGCCAAUUACUCGCCGAUGGUGGAAAGGCACGACUACCAGCCCAUGGACCACUCCUCUUCCUCCUCGGGAAAGCGGAGGCAGACUAUGGCGGUGCCGCGCCAUGGCAGCGGCACCAACAGCUGCACCAUACUCUAG